UUAUACACCAAAAAUGCGGUUUCAUCAAAAGAAAAUGAGAUCUGCCCGUGUUGGCUGCUGCUCACCGCUGCAGCGUGCGCAGCCGCCAACAAGGCUGAGGUAGGGAGGACCUGCAAUUGCAUGCAGCCCAACUGUGAAUAAAGCAGGAUGAGCAGCGAUGCAUUCUCAGCCUUUUAAAUAUUGCAGAACGUGUGUUAAGCCAAGUAAUAAAUGCAUGGAGAAAAUGGGGUUUGGGGAUUCAAAAUAGGAAAAUACUGACUAAUGAGUCUAUAGCUUAGUAUUUAAAGUAGUGGGACUUGAGACAAAUGAUCUGAAAAAUGAUCUAAAAAUUGGUAUUGAGAACCUGGUAGAGGCUGAGGCUACCCCAGAGGACAGGAGAUAUCGGUGGUUAUGUCAGACUGGGAAAGCACUGCAAAUACAGAUAUUUUUUUCAUGCAAUCAGGUUCCCUGUAGUAUAUUCAUUAAAGCAGCAUGAUGGAAUAGGGAGUACGGUUAUAAUACAUGUCCAGGGCACCAAGCUGGGAAGAUACAAACAAUACAGAGGACUGAAUUGCAAUUCAAAAUGAUCUUGAUAAAUGGGAGAAGUGAUCUGAAACCAAUAGCGUGAGGCUUUCUGAAGUCUAAUGCUGAACUAAGAAGGGAGAAAUCAAAUACACAAACCCCAAGCAAUCAAUAACUGACUGUACAACACUGCCCAAACUGUGAAAAUAAGGAUGACCCCCUCAAGACUCAGCAAAUGGUUUGGUUUUGAAAUGAAGUCACCGCUGUGCAGCAUAUUGAUACAUGGAUGUACCUGUGGAAGAUGGAGGUGAGAGAGAGAGAGAGAGUUGUUGUGUUUCUGGUAAGAUCUCUGUCCUGUCCAGACACUGAGCUUUGAAAGAGCUGAGAGCAAAUCGCUCUUUGAAUGGAGCAUCGAAGGGCCUGGGGAGGUCUGGCAGAUCCAGCACAGAGUGAUGAUGAUGGGCAGGGAUGGGAUUAUUUAGUCUGUGGUCUCUGUCACAGAAUGGAGAGAUCUUGAAAUGAUUAGAGGUUGUUUCAAAGAGGAGAGCCAUGUAAUUUUUCAUCAGAUUCACUGAGGCUAGAAAAAGUCAUCAGCUUAAUUUGAAAUGGGAAAGAUUCAGUUUUUAUCUGCACUUUACCAGGAAGGUUGAGGAGCUGUGGAGGUUCCACCAUAGCCACUGCUGGAGUCUUGCUGUCCCUGUGUCUUGGGACUGUGUGGUUGGAUUUUAUUGCCUAACUGUUGGCCCUGCUUUUAUCAUGUUGGAAGGGUGAGGUCUCCUUUGGCAGUGGGGUGAGAGUGUCCAUGAGAAGGCUGCAGUGGGAGCUCAUCAAUUAAAUAUCAGAGAGUUAAGGUUGGAAAAGACCUCUAAGAUCAUCAAGUCCAGCCGCCAGAGAGUUAACACUGGCAAGCAGAAAACAGACAAAGCAAAAAAUGAAGAAAGACAAGGAGACUUUGCAAAUAGCUUUGCCAUGGUUUAUACUAAGUCAGAACUUGCUUCUGCAUAGAUACUAGUGAAUGAAGAUCAAGAGAAGCCUCAGCUGCCUUAACUCUGAUUUGUAUACAACAAAUCCCCUGCCAGCCGGCACGAGCUGAAUGUACAGUGAAUACAACACUUCCCGGAGUGGAGAAGUCUGCAUUUGCAUUCACUUUCAUUUCAUUCAUUCGCAUUUCAGUUUUUGGAAGACCUUCAUUUUUAAAUAGGGCUGGAUUCAGAGCAUGUCAGCUGGGUUCCGCAAAUAGAAGCUUCUCCAGUCUGUGCUGGGAUCCUGUUAGUGUCCUCUUUUUGUUUUACUGUCAAAUAGUUUCCCAUUAUUUGUGAGCCUUUGCCUCUCUCAAAUUUAUUUCUACUUUACUAGACUGACUUUGUAUUCUCUGUUAAUUACUGUUCCCUGUACUGGCUUUAAGAGGGUUAAAUUUCUAAUCAUAGAAUCAUAGAGUGGUUUGGGUUGGAAGGGACCUCAAAGCCCAUCCAGUUCUGCCCCCUACCAUGGGCAGCCACAAUUUCCCUGGGCAACCUGUUCCAGUGCCUCACCACUCUCAUUGUGAAGAAAUUCCUCCUUAUGUCUAAUCUAAAUCUGCCCCUCUCCAGUUUAUACCCAUUGCCCCUCAUUCUAUUGCCACAAGCCUUUGGAAACAGCCCCUCUCCAGCUUUCUUGUACCCCCUUCAGGUACUGGAAGGUCACUAUAAGGUCUCCUCUGAGCCUUUUCUUCUCCAGGCUGAACAAGCCCAACUCUCUCAGCCUAUCCUUGAAUGGGAGGUGCUCCAGCCCUCGGAUCAUCCUUGUAACCUCCUCUGGACCCGUUCCAACAGGUUCAAUGCCCAGGUGUUGGUAGAUGGGAUAGGAAUGUUACAGUCACAUCAUAGCAUCUCACGGGCCCAGAUAUAAAGGCAUGUGUGCAAACACGAUAGCAAGUUAUUGUCCAUCUAGAAUCUAAAAUGUGAUAUUUAUUGGAAUAGAUUAAUCAUGUAUCAUGCCAGUUUCCAGUGUAGCAUAAUAUAUUUUGUAGACUGUUCUGUGUGACCUGUGGCUACAGGAUACUUGCUUGGAUUGCAAGAUACCUGACAGGAUCUCUCUUGCCUGACAUAAGUGCUGAAACUAUGGACCCAAUAAGCGGAUCAGAAAACAAAGACCUGCCAAAGGUUUCUGAGCAUGUGGCUUGCAGGUAGAGUCAGUAUAAGAGACCUUGAUUUCACACAGCCUUGCCGGCACAUCCGUUGUUUCCUUUGGGCCAGAUCUGCAAGUUCAGGGAGGUGGCUGAGUGGAAAAUGAUCUCAGAAAAUAACUGGAAAACCUUCCUUUAGGUUGGUUUAAGCUGCCAUGGAGCUUCCUCCUCAGUUCCUCAGACAGGCGUGAAACAGACGCUUUGAAAACCUUCAUAGGGAAAGGCUGUCAGUCUAAAAGUUUCCAAAAAUGUAAUAGUAUGUGGCCUUUUUUUCUGCUUCAGAGCAGGAAAAUUUGGAUUGCUUUACACCUGGAAUUCUCUUUCUUCUUUUUGUUUUGCCCCAACACCCCUCCUGGUUGAACAGGAUUUUUCUGCUUGUGCUGACGGAGUGAGGUGUUGAUGCCAAGAUCAGCCCACCCACCCACGUCUUGCUAAACCAGAGAUGUACGGUGUAGGCGGUGCAGGUAUUUCUGAGUGGUGCUUUCAAGCCACUUUUAUUGCCCCCACGGAGUUUUACCUCAGGCAUUUUCCUGCAGUGAGCUGACAGUGCUCUUUCCAAGCGCUUUGCUCAUCAUAUUCGCCCUCUGUUGGGAUCCUCGCAUGGGCAAGAAGAGGUGAAAAUGAAGCCAAAACUUUUGAUGAGAAGCAUUUGCUGAACCUAAAGCUUUGCAUGGCCCUGUUUUGGGUGGGGAUUUGAGCUGGGGCUUGGGCUAGUGGCAACAGCAAGAAGGUUUAUCUGGUUUCUCAACACCUGGACGAUGUUACUGUGCUAGCUGCCAGUUUCCAGUGUAACAAGAUCCCAUGUGGGUAAGCGGUUUUGAAGUCAGCCCUGUUCCCCGUGCGGCCACGUGAUGUACUGAACACAUUGCUCAGCACUGUCUGGAGCAAGCAGGGUUGCACAAAUCCAUGCCUCCAAGAGAGGAACGGCGUUUCCUCCAGGAAAUGGACACAAGCGCUGCAAUGAAGCUUUCUUUUUUUAACUGUUUGCUAAGACUAACUCACUAAGAUACUUGAUUCACUCUGUUCCUGGCAUUCAUGGAUGUUUUUGGUGAGCUGUGAAACCACAAUCCUCAGGCUAACUAGUCUUCUCUGCUGUGGUAUCUCUCAGCAUUAGCUCUUUGCAUGAAAUUAAAUCACUUCUUUAGCAUGUGAAGCUGCUCUGGGGAUCCCUCUGGCUCUGUGUCUGAGCCUACUGCUUUGCUUUUGGGUCCAGCAGCUGGAGGGGAAGCUCACACCCACCCUCUGUAUCAGCGCAGCCUCCUGUUUUGGGGAGAGCUACAACCUCCACCCUGUGCAUUAUCCCUAUUUUUCUGUCCUUUAACGUGACCUUUUGCUAAAUACGCAGUGAGUAUCUCAACCUUGAGAUCUUCAUUCACCUCUUCUGAUUUCUCCAGCUCUGUCAUUAGUGUUUGGCUUUGACUAAUACUCACAGCAGCUAAUCUGAUGCAACUUCGGGACUCCUGCUGUGUGAGUCCUACCCGGCUGAUCGAGGAAAAGGAGGAGGGCAGCCUUCUGCCUGCGCCACUCUUCAGAUCUUCAUGACCUUUAGGGUCCAGCUCUGGACCCCUACCCUGCAAAAGGGCUUGAAUAUGCCUCCUUGCUCAUGGAAAGUGAGAUCACAGGAAAGUCAUCAGUGGGAGUGUGAAUGAAGAUUUCACAAUCUGGUCCCACACGAGGAAAGCAAACCGACUGUCUCUGCCCUGGGGCUGAAUCGGCGUUUCUGAACAGGGAGCAAUAAGGCAGUUAUAGAAGUGCUGAAUUUCUGAUUAUACAACGCAGAGUCCCUCCAGGAGAGGCACCUUCAGCAUGGCCCAUGACAGCCAAGCUGGUGGGACUGAGAAAAAUGGGUCACUUUCCUCCAUCCUUUAUUGUAAGAGUGAUUUAAGGGAAGGUUCCCUGCAGUGGGCAAAAGAACCCCUCAAUGGCCAGGUGCUCAUGGUGCUCAGCAUGGACAACAACUGCUCGGCCACCUCCUUCGACAUGGAGCUUUGUGCAGAGAAACUGAAGUCCUUUGGGGUUCAGGUGGCAGCUGAUCAUUGGAGAAGGUUAAUCCAGGAUGCUGUCCUGAAGCCUGAAGUAAGGCGAUACAUGUUCUACAACUCCAGGGCAUUCCAGAUAGCCAUUGCUGUGGUGUUCUACCUGUCUCUCUGGACAAACAUUUACUCCACAGUCCAGCUGUGGUCCUUUGGACGUUACUGGGAGGUCAGCGUACUGGUGACCCUGGUGGCUGUCGCAGUCACUAUAAUUGUGAUACUGGUUAUCGACUGUCGCCAGAGGAAGAUUAAUAUGAAUACAGAUGUGAGGCUGGCAGCUGUCAAUGAAAUCUUCAUCCAACACAGUUUAAUUCUGGGGAUUACAGAUGUCCUGGAUGGGCCACGCAACAUCCUACAACUGUGGUUUGUGCGCUUCAACCCGGAGCGCUGCCUCCAGUCCUUGUCAGCCCACAUCAUGGACCUGCAGAGGACACGAGAGUCAGGCUUGCGGCACAGCCUGGACCAGAUCUGUGUGGUUAUGGAGGCGGCAGUUCAGCCCCACCCAGAGACGGAAGAGGAGGAGGCUUCACGUGAAGAGUCCCCUCUUUUAUCAAACUCGAAGAAAGAGCCUGUCACAUGCAAUGAGCUACUCCACCUUGUUCCUGAGGGCCCACCAGAGGUGAUGGCCCAGCAGCUCCUGGUGAUCUUCAGCGGAUGCUAUGUCCGGCUCCUGGUCACUGGCCGCCUCCCUCGGGCUGUGGCACGGGGACACCUGGAGCACAGCAGUGUGCCCUGUCUAUGCCAGUUCAUCGAGACCACGGUGCUCAACACACACCGGAGCUGGUUCACGGGCAGGUGACCAAAGGGAGAUGGAAAACACUGAAGUAAAAGCUUUCCAUAGACAACAAUGUGAAGAAGACAUGGGACAGAUGAGAGAGCUGUAGUCGCUCAUCCUGGACAACUGGAACUAUGACUGUAAUAAAACAUGCAAGAUACUCAGCAGGAAACUUCUUAUCUUUGAGACCUUCUGUCUUCUCACUGGCUUAGUGUGAAGGAGCUGCUCUGGGGGCAGAAACAAUCCAGGAACAGCUUGGAGCUCCCUUGGGAAAUUUCCCACUGCUCUUAUCUAAGGGUCUUGGAAAGCUGCAAGGAAUACCUGGAGGUACCAGCUCCACGCCUUCAAAAUGAACUACGUGGGGUUUUUUUUAGUACAAAGAAGACAAGGAAUAUCUGUGCGUAGCAGUUUGCUAAAUGUGAUGUUUGCUCUGGAUUAUGUUUGUGACACGUAGCUGUCAGUGAGCUUUGUCUCGUGACUGACAUGGACAUCAUCUCAGCUGACGACUUGGCAAACUUUCCGUUUAAGAAACAGCUCAGGAUGGUGCUCGGUACCUGCUGCUUCUGCCCUCUCCCCUGGGAGGGGAGUGAUGGACAUCUUGAUGAUCCAUGGGAGGAGGCCUUAAAGAAGGCACUGUGUGCCAUGUAGAGCAUCCUGGAAUACUGCUCUUUACGCUCCCCUUUCUGCUCCAUUUUGGGAGAGGCUGAUUUUCUUUAGUCUUCCUUUCCUCCUUUUUCCCUGUUGCGUUUGCACACAGCAUGAAAGAGACGCCGGUAUUGAGCAGGAGACCUGCACGUUUGCUUGGAGUCCAUAAGGGAACGGGAAAUGAAGGGCUGUAAGCCUAUAAUAGGUCGUGUGCUCAGGUAGUGCCCAUGGAUGGAGGACUGCCACAUGUUCUGGGCAUUGCUGGUGUCCUCCUCUGUCCCCAGAGCCAGGCCUUUCCAUUAUAUUCAGGUGAUUGCAUGCACUGAUGUUUACGUGACCCUCCAGCCACAUGAUUUAAUGCUGAUAGCUGUUCUAGUAAGGGGCAACAGUCAGAGUAAAGAGCCCUAAAGUCUGUGUUUUCCAGCCUUGCUGUGGCUGAGCCUGCAAGGGAGAUUCAGGUCUGUUCUGCACCUUGCAGCCUGCCCAUCUGUCCUCUCAGCUCCUCUUCCGCAGAGCCCCGCAUCCUCACAGGCAGGACUUGUGUCUCUCCCACCUUAACAAAGCUCUGCACAAGAACACCUGCCCCACACAAAGCCAGGAGGCUUUUCAAACCAAGGUCCCUGGUUUGCGUACAUCCCUCAAUAGUGUUAUGUCUCACUCUGCCACCAAGCAUCUCCCCCUCAUGUGAUAUUGCAGCAGAAAAAUCUAUGUCACUGAAAGCCAAACCACCAGCAAAGAAGCUGAGCUUAUUGCCAGCUCUGCCCGGGGGUGUGGGAUGACUCUGCUCCCUCCCCUGUUGUUUCUCUUGCAAGCAAGGGUGAGACAAGAUCCACUUC